AUGGACCUGGCCUACGUGUGCGAGUGGGAGAAGAGGCCCAAGAGCAACCACUGCCCCUCCAUCCCGCUGGUGUGCGCCUGGUCCUGCAGGAAUCUCAUCGCCUUCACCACAGACCUCAAAAAUGAGGAGGAAAAAGAUCUCACGCACAUGGUGCACAUCAUUGACACGGAGCAUCCCUGGGACGUCUACUCCGUGAACUCUGGCCAUGCCGAAAUCAUCACUUGUUUGGAAUGGGAUCAGUCAGGCUCCAGGCUGCUCUCGGCGGAUGCCGAUGGCCACAUUAAGUGCUGGAGCAUGGCCGAGCACUUGGCCAACAGCUGGGAGAACACGGUGGGCAGCAUGGUGGAAGGAGACCCCGUGGUGGCCCUCUCCUGGCUGCACAACGGUGUGAAGCUGGCUCUGCACGUGGAAAAGUCUGGAGCAUCCAACUUCGGUGAGAAGUUUUCCAGGGUGAAAUUCUCUCCGUCUCUGACUCUGUUUGGCGGGAAGCCCAUGGAGGGCUGGAUUGCAGUGACCAUCAGUGGCCUGGUGACCGUCUCCCUCCUCAAGCCCAACGGGCAGGUGCUGACGUCCACGGAGAGCCUCUGCCGCCUCCGCUGCCGCGUCGCCUUGGCGGACGUCGCCUUCACCGGCGGCGGCAACAUCGUGGUGGCCACGUCGGAUGGCAGCAGCUCCUCCCCCGUGCAGUUCUACAAGGUCUGUGUCAGCGUGGUGAACGAGAAAUGCAAAAUAGACACCGAAAUCCUGCCCUCCCUCUUCAUGCGCUGCACCACGGACCCUGCCCGCAAGGACAAAUACCCAGCGAUCACUCACCUGAAAUUCCUCGCUCGGGACAUGUCAGAGCAGGUGUUGCUUUGUGCUUCCAACCAAAACAACAGCAUCGUGGAGUGCUGGUCUCUCCGGAAAGAGGGCUUGCCAGUCAAUAAUAUAUUCCAGCAAAUGUCUUCUGUGGUUGGAGACAAACAACCCAUGAUAUUGAAAUGGCGAAUUCUUUCUGCCACCAAUGAUUUGGAUCGUGUUUCAGCUGUGGCUCUGCCAAAGUUGCCGAUUUCGCUAACAAAUACGGAUCUGAAAGUAGCCAAUGACACCAAAUUCUUCCCUGGAUUGGGUCUGGCCCUGGCUUUCCACGACGGCAGCGUGCACAUAGUUCAUCGCCUGUCCCUGCAAAUGAUGGCAGUUUUCUACGGCUCUUCCUCGCAGCGCUCGGUGGACGAGCAGACCAUCAAAAGGCAGCGAACUGCUGGCCCGCUGGUUCAUUUCAAAGCCAUGCAGCUCUCGUGGACCUCUCUGGCCCUGGCCGGCAUCGAUAGCCACGGGAAGCUGAGUAUGCUCCGUAUCUCCCCCUCCAUGGGCCACGUGCUGGACAUGAACAUGUCCCUCCGACACUUGCUGUUCCUGUUGGAGUAUUGCAUGGUGACUGGCUAUGACUGGUGGGACAUCCUGCUCCACGUCCAACCGAAUAUGGUCCAGAACCUGGUGGAGAAGCUGCACGAGGAGUACAUGCGCCAGAAUGCAGCCCUGCAGCAGGUCCUCUCCACACGCAUUGUUGCCAUGAAGGCCUCUCUUUGCAAGCUGUCCUCCAGCACAAUAGCUCGUGUGUGUGACUACCACGCCAAGCUCUUCCUCAUCGCCAUCAGCUGCACCCUGAAGUCCCUGCUGCGCCCGCAUUUCCUCAACACCCCCGACAAGAGUCCUGGGGACCGACUCACUGAGAUCUGCUCCAAGAUCACAGAUGUAGACAUUGAUAAAGUGAUGAUUAACUUGAAGACAGAAGAGUUUGUCCUGGAGAUGACCACGCUGCAAUCCCUGCAGCAGCUCAUCCAGUGGGUGGGAGAUUUUGUGCUCUAUCUGCUCGCCAGCCUUCCCAACCAGGGCUCCCCUGUGCGUCCAGGACACAGUUUUCUGCGUGACGGAGCCUCCCUGGGCAUGUUCAGAGAGCUCAUGGUGGUGAUCCGGAUCUGGGGCCUGCUGAAGCCGAGCUGCCUCCCUGUCUACACAGCAACCUCAGACACCCAGGACAGCAUGUCCCUCCUCUUCAGGCUUCUAACAAAACUCUGGCUGUGCUGUCGUGAGGAAAAUCACAUGACGGAGCCAGAUGAUGCCCUGAUAGAUGAAUGUUGCCUCCUGCCCAGCCAGUUGCUCAUUCCCAAUAUCGACUGGUUGCCCAUCAACGAUGGCAUCAUCACCAAGUUACAGAGCAAACAGCUCGUGCGGCUGCAGUUUGGAAAAGCCCCUGGGCUUGUUGGUCACACUGUCUCUUCCCAGUUCGAUGCCUUUGUAAGGGCACCUGGACAGCCCAAGAUUGAUCACCUGAGACGGCUUCACCUAGGAGCCUACCCAACAGAAGAGUGCAAGUCGUGUACCAGGUGUGGUUGCGUGACCAUGCUGAAAUCGCCCAACAAAGUGACUGCAGUGAAGCAGUGGGAGCAGCGCUGGGUCAAGAACUGCUUGUGCGGGGGCUUGUGGAGGAGGAUGCCCCUCAGCUACUCGUGAGAGCCCCUUUUGCGGGG